GUAUAACCGGCUUGUCUUUUAAUAUAUUUCUUAAUUAAAUUGUUUACGAAUCAAAUAAAUAUAAACAAAAAUUAUAAAAAACAACAACAAUAUGAAUGAAAAUAAUAAUAAAAACACUAAAUAUCCAUCAUGGAUUAAACCAGAACUCUUUGAAGAUCUUUUGAAAAUGUUACAUGCUGAUUUUUCUAAAAUAGAACAUUUCAGUGUUGAUAAUGCUUUAGCGCCAGGAGAAAAUUAUGCUACAGUUAUGUUAAAAGUAGAAAUUGUAAUGAAGUUGCAAGAUGCCUCCACUAAACCCAUUACUUUCAUGUUAAAAAUUGGUCAUGAAAGUGAAGUUUUCGAAGAUUUAAUGAAAAAUCAUGAUGUAUUUGCUAUUGAAGCCGGUAUGUAUCGUAAUUUUGUACCAGAAUUCGAACAAAUUUAUGCAGAUGCGGGUGUUAAGGUGAGAUUUGGUGCCAAAUCCUAUGAAUUGCCCAUCAAACAAAACUACAUCCUAUUGGAAAAUCUUAAGGUACAAGGUUUUAAAAAUACCAAUCGUUUAUACGGUCUAGAUAUGGAACAUACUAAAAGUGUAUUAAAAAAAUUAGCUCAAUGGCAUGCUGCCUCCGCGGUGAGGGUUACCCAAAAGGGACCCUAUCCUAGAGAAUAUUGUACAGCUUAUAUGAAACCAGAAGGUUAUGAUCUAAUAAAAGCCAUGUUUGAUGGUAGCACAAAAACACUUUUAGAAUGUGUUAAAGAAUACAAUAAUUCGGAGUUGUAUUAUGAGAAAGUUGUAAAGUUACAAAAUCAAAUAACUGAUGAAAUCUUUAAGCAUGUAGAUGCCGAUCCAAAUGAGUUUAAUGUUUUAAAUCAUGGCGAUUGUUGGUCAAACAAUAUUAUGUUUAAAUAUGAUGAUCAAGGAAAUGUUGCAGAAACUUAUUUAAUCGAUUUUCAAAUGCCACGUUAUACCACUCCUGCUCAGGAUCUUAUGUAUUUUCUCUUAUCUUCCACAAAAUUAGAAAUUAAAUUAAAAGAAUUUGAUUAUUUUAUUAAAUUCUAUCACGAUCAUUUAGUGGAAAGUUUAAAAGUACUCAACUAUAGUAAAGCUAUACCUAGUUUAAAGGAAAUGCAUCAAAUGAUUUUAAAAUAUGGUAUAUUCGGUUAUAUGACAACUACCAAUGUUAUGGCUGCCGUUCUCUGUGAUCCCACCGAUAAUGCUAGUCUGGAUAAUUUUAUAAAUGAUUCAGAGGAAGGCGUUAAUUUUAAAAAACAAAUGUAUUCAAAUCCCCGCUAUCGUAAACAUAUGGAAGCUAUUUUUCCUUGGUUAUUAUAUAAAGGUCUUCUAGAUUGUUAGUUUUAAAUAUAACUUUUGUUUUAAAAAGUUAUUGAGGAAAGUGUUUUAUUUUAUAGUUAAUUAUAAUUAAUUGCAAUAAGUGUUAUAUAUAUAGAUAAGAAACACCUACUUACUAAGUUGUAUAAUUAAAGGUAUUUUCUUGUUAAAUAAUUAAAUUUUUGAACUGUGUGUAUUGCUAUUAAUUAACAAUAAAAUGCUUGAACAAA